ACCCGAACCAAAAAUUGGUCCUUGCUUUUAAUCAAGAUUUAGAAACAAAGAGUCACCUCUUGGUAUUGGAAUAUGCCGGAAAUGGAAAUCUAAAUGAUUACCUGUCUGAAAAUAAAAAUUUAACAUGGCCUCAGAAAAUAAAAAUUUCGAAAGAUAUAGCUUGUGGUUUGAAAUAUUUGCAUGACAACAUAAAAAUGAUUCAUCGAAAUUUGAAUACGAAAACAAUCAUCAUAAAUAAUGACAAAGCUCAAAUAUUGAAUCCAGUAUUUUUGGAAUUAAAUGCUGACACUUCAUCAUAUAUGACAUUACAAGAAGGGAUAGGAUUUAUAGACCCUGAGCUCUUAAAAGAUCUAAAUUCACAAUUCACAAAAUCGUCUGAUAUUUAUAGCCUUGAUCCUAUAAAAGAUACUCCGCAAACAUAUAUUGAUUUGUACUUGAAAUGCUGGAAAUUAAAUUCUAAAGAGCGGCCAUCAGCACAAGACGUGUAUAUCAAGCUUACCCAAAUUGAGAAAACUUUGCGAGAAUCAUUGAACAUAGGGAACGGUGAGCGGACUGUAAUGGUGCAGGACACAACUACAGCGGUUACUCAGAAUGAUAAUUAUUUUCCAGUGAAAGUUUUUAAUGAGGAUGGUUCAAAUAACCCACAGAAAGGUCUUCUUGAUUAA